AUGGAGAUAUGGGCUGUAGUUAGUGAGUAUAAUGGGAAUAAAGCCCCAGGGCCAGAUGGAUUCAACCUGAUAUUUUUUCAAAAGACUUGGGGGACUAUUAAGGAGGAGAUGCUCAACUUUAUGAAAGAAUUCCACUCUGGAGGUCGUUUGGUUUCAGGAUUAAAUAGCACUUUUAUCACCCACAUUCCAAAGAAAAUAAAAGCUGUCAACCUUAAGGAGUUUAGGCCCAUUAGCCUGGUUGGGUCAGUUUAUAAGAUACUCUCCAAAGUCCUUGCCACUAGACUUAAAAGAGUUAUUCCCAUGGUAAUUGGUGAUUCCCAGUCAGCUUUCAUGGGUGAGAGAAACAUACUUGAUGGUAUCUUGAUUGCAAAUGAAGAUUUCUUAUUUUCUAUGCUAUCUAACUUUGGGUUUGGAACCAAAUGGAUCUCCCGGAUUAAAGAGUGUGUAUCUACUGUAAAGCUCUCAAUUCUUGUCAAUGGUUCACCAACCAAGGAGUUUACUCCUCAGAAAGGUAUUAGGAAAGGUGAUCCCCUCUCACCAUUUCUAUUCAUUCUGGUGGCAAAAGCACUGAACAUUCUCCUACAGAGAGCAAGAGAAUUGGGCCUACUAAAAGGGGUGAAUAUUGGAGUCAACCAGGUGGUCCUUUCUCACUUGCAAUUUGCAAAUGAUUCUCUUUUGUUCUAUCAAGCUGAAGUUUUAGAAGUUCUGUGCCUAAAGAGGGUUCUCAGGUGCUUUGAACUAGCUUCAGGUCUCAAAAUCAAUUACCCCAAGAGUGUUCUUUGUGGGGUUGGCAUUUCUGAUUCUUCCCUCCAUGAAUUUGCCUCAGUACUGCAUUGUAAGGCUCAAAAGCUCCCUCUCAAAUAUCUAGGUUUGCCAUUAGGUGCUAGUCCAAGGAGAAAGAAGACUUGGAAACCUGUUAUUGACAAAAUUAAAUUAAGGCUUGCUGGUUGGAAAAGGAGAUCCCUUUCAUUUGCAAGUAGACUAACUCUGAUCAAAGCAGUCUUAUCCAGCCUACCAGUGUAUUUUUUGUCUCUGUUCCGGGUGCCUGAAGGUAUAGCUAAGGAGAUAGAUCAAAUUCAAGCAGCAUUCUUAUGGGGUGGCCCAGAUUUAAAGAGAACAUUAUAUCUAGUCAAAUGGUCAGAGGUGACUAAGAGUAUUAAGCAAGGUGGCCUAGGUAUAAAAAGAAUUAGAGAUGUGAAUGUCUGCUUACUUCUCAAAUGGUGGUGGAGGUUUGCCAAUGAACAUGAUUCACUUUGGAAGAAAGUUCUCUGCAGCAAAUACAGAUUUCAAGGAGAAGAAUGGUUACCUAUCCUAGGCCCUGGUAUCACUAGCUCAAGGAUUUGGGGUGACAUUCUAACAACAGUUGAGCAGAAGGAAAAUUUGUUGUUGUUCUAUGUUUCUAACCUACAAUUAAGAGUGGGUAAUGGUUACAGAAUCAAAUUCUGGCAUGAUAAAUGGUGUGGAGGCAUUAUACUUAAAGAGGAAUUCCCAAGGCUAUUUCAGCUUUCUAAUGAUAAGGACAGCUCUAUUAAGGACCUGGUUUGUGCUCCAACAGGAGCUGGUAAAACAAAUAUAGCUAUGAUUGCUGUUCUACAUGAGGAUAGAAGCAUAUUGGAGAGGAAGGCUGAAAGAAGGAUUUGGAGUGCCAUUCUUCUAGUAGCUCUUUGGUCAAUUUGGAAGCAUAGAAAUGAGUGCCUCUUUCAAGGUUCUCAACCCAAGUUGGAGGAAUUACUGGAGCUCAUUAUCACAAGAAUUGCAAUCUGGUAUAAAGUUGCAACCAAGGGGACUCCAUUCUUCAUUGAUGACUUCCUCCAUAACAUUUCACAAAUCAGAUUCUAUCUUGUGGAUCAACUGGUGAGUGCUUCUGCUUUUUUACUCAGGCUGCUCAGUUAUGAUCUCUGGUCUGAUGUUGCUGAGAUGGCUGUGGGUGGGCUGGUGAUUGCCUUUGGGGCUAUGCAAUCCAUAGUGACCAUAGCUGCUUUGUUGUUUUGUGAGCAUGGUUGCUCAGAUGGUUGUGGCUGGGGGUGGGCUGAGCCACUGCUGAGAAGUGCUGUUAGUCCUGUAGCAUUGAUGCUUAGGCUAGUAGUGUUGAGCAUUAUUAUAUCUGUAAUAUGUCUGUCUAAUGCUCCAGCAGGGGAGUGUGUUGUUGCUUUUUUGUCUUUGGCCUCUUCAGAGUAUAGUGCCGAGAGACAACUGAAUGAUCUACUGUUCCCUAGGAGUCAUCACAAGCUGCAAAAGAAGAAAGAAGCUCGCCAAACAGAGUUGUGA